CCCAAAAAGACGCAAGUUUGCGCGUUAACUGCUAAAAAAACACCAUUUGUCGUAUCUCCACGAUUCGAGAACAUUCCGUUAGCCGCCACAGCUAGUAUCGGAAUACUUGGCGUCGAUGUUUCGAGCCUCGUUCAGUUCCGCGGUCAAUUGGAAGGCAAAGCCAAAUUGGCAUCAAAAAAGCUCGGUGUGCUCAGCAAGGCAAGACAGUAUUUCACGUCGGCCCAUCGUCUAAGACUAUACAAGGCGCAAAUUCGGCCUCACAUGGAAUACUGCUCUCACCUCUGGGCGGGUGCUCCCCAGUACCAGCUCCUUCCAUUUGACCGUAUCCAACGUAGAGCGGCUCGAAUUAUCGACGAUCAAGCCCUUUCCGAUCUGCUUGAUCCUUUGGCUUUGCGUAGAGAUGUUGGAUCGCUCUGCAUCUUCUACAGAAUUUAUCACGGGGAAUGUUCCGAGGAAUUGUUCGGAUUAAUCCCGGCUGCUGAAUUUCACCUUCGGACAUCUCGUCAAAAUUCCAAAUAUCACCCGCACCACCUAGAUGUCCGAAAAUCCACAACAGCGCGAUUUUUAAUACAUUUUCUGCCUCGCACAACCACUCUGUGGAACCAACUUUCGCCGACGGUUUUUCCGAACCGAUACGACUUGGGAACCUUCAAGAAAAGAGCGUACUCUUUCCUGAAAGGCCGGCAACGCACCUGCAAGCCCCCCGGUGUUGCAGAUGUCCAUGGGCGGUGGUAGUCACUUUCCAUCAGGUGAGCCUCCUGCUCGUUUGCCAUCUAUGACAUAAAA